UUAUCUUUCAGGUAAGGUCACCGCGUACUUAAAUCAGCGGGACUUCGUGGACCACAUCACCCACACCUCCCCUGUGGACGGUGUGGUUGUUGUGGACCAUGAUUACCUGCAUGGAAGGAGGGUCUUCGCGCGCGUGGCGGUCACGUACCGCUACGGUCGCGAAGAGGAUGAGGUCAUGGGACUUCACUUCAGCAAGGAGCUCGAGCUCGUCAACACCGAGGUCGCUCCUCAUGCUGGAGACGUCCAAAUGACCGAUGUCCAGGAACGACUCAUCAAGAAGCUGGGUGCUAACGCCUACCCCAUCAGCGUGAAUCUUCCCCAGAACGCUCCCUGCUCCGUUUCCCUUGAUAGUGGAGAUGAAAUGUCUACCCAGCCUCUUGGUGUGAUCUACGAUCUCAGGCUGUAUGUUGCUGACCGCAAGGAGGAACGUCCCCACAAGCGGAACUCCGUCGGCUUUGCUGUCCGAAAGGUCCAGUACGCCUGUCCUGGCUCCAGCAACCGUCAGCCCCAGACCCUGGUCAGCAAGGGCUUCACUCUUUCUCCUGGAAGGCUCAACCUUGAGGUCACUCUGCCUCGCGACGUCUACUUCCAUGGACAACCUAUCGAGGCACAGCUUUCCAUCAACAAUGUGUCCAAGAAGACCGUGAAGAACAUGAAGGCUGAGGUUGUACAGCACGUGGAGGUCACCAUGACCAACACCCACUUCAGCCGAGUUGUGGCUUCACUCGAGUCUCGCGAAGGAUGUCCCAUCACCCCAGGAUGCAACCUCACCAAGACCUUCUCCCUCAACCCUAUUGCCUCCGUCAACAAGCGACGCUUCGGCAUCGCCCUCGACGGCCAAGUCAAGGACCAGGACGCCAACUUGGCAUCCUCUACCUUGGUGGCAGAAGGUAAGAACGUCAACGACGCCUUGGGCAUCAUCGUGUCCUACUCUCUCCGUGUGAAGCUGAACUGCGGCGCCAUUGGCGGUGACCUGACUGCCGACCUUCCUUUCAAGCUGGUGCACCCCGAUCCUGCCUCUGUCAAGGCACCACUGCGCAAGACUCAGUCAACUGACAUUGAAUUCGAGGAAUUUUCUCGCCUGCGCCGUGGUCAGUCCAUUGCUGAGGAGUAAACCUAGCAGGACCCAGAGGAUACUUGGAGAUCAGGCAACAAUAGUUCUCGAAUUCAAGAGUCAAGCAACAUUAUAGCACCUGGGAAAUUGUGAUUAAAGAUUUGCAUAAAAUAUUUAAAUUUUUCAUCGUACAAUUUUACUGGUAGCAUAACAUAACGGAAAUUCAGUAACAUGAGCUAAAUGAUUUCCAAUGUAUCUAUACUCUUGGAUAGUAAAACGUGUUUUUACUCUCCAUUUAUGAAAAUAAAAGUAUUUAAAAAAG